AUGCGCAGUCUCGAGUUCGAGUUCGACACGCCCGCCGGCGACGCCUUUGGGCCGCAGCAGGCGCUCGAGUUCCUUCACAGCAAGGGCGCAGUGCACGUCGACGCUCGCUGGAUCCGCAAUCACUGGCUCUUGAUCUUGUGGAAGAUCGCGGCUUUGACGCGCUUGCUGCCCGACGAGCAUGCGUGGCGCUUCAGCAGCGAGGAGGUGUGCAAGCAGCUGCUCUACCGCUACGAGCGUGAGGUGAAUCUCGCACAGCGCUCGGCGAUCAAGCGGAUCCAGGAGCACGACUCGUCGCCCAGCCAGUCGAUGGUGCUCUGCGUCAUGGCGAUUCCUACGGCGCUAGAGGAGGACGAGACGCCAUUCGUGGAGCUCACGGACGGCUGGUACCGCAUCCGCGCCACGAUCGACAAGGCGCUGCACCGUGCCGUGCAGCGUGGGCGCGUCAAGGUCGGCUCGAAGCUUGCCAUCUCGGGGGCUCGCCUCAAUGGGUCGUCAGAGCCUGCUGAGGUGCUGCAAGCUCUGGACCUCUCGGCGCUGUGUCUCGAGAGCAACGCUGUCAAGCUGGCGCGCUGGGACGCGCGUCUUGGCUUUGCGCCUCGGCCGUUCGUCGCCACGCUCCGCAGUCUCACGCCCGACGGCGGCCUCGUGCCGUGCAUGGACAUCGUCCUUACUCGCGUCUAUCCGCUCGCCUUUGUCGACGAGCGCGAGCGCGGCGGCGGCGAGGACAUGAGCAAUGCGCGGGGCGAGGCGCAAGAGGCCGAAGAGGAGGAGAAGUGGCAUGCGCAGCAGGGCGACGUGCGGGCGCGCAUCGAGGCCAAGUACGAGCAGUCGGAGCGCACGCUGGAGCAGCUCAGCGGCAUGCUGUACCACCUCGCGAGCGGCAUGGAUGCCGGCGCGUCCCAGAGCUACGCCACAGCGAGCCAGUGCGAAGACUACCUGGACUCGCUUCUCGUCUCGUCCGACCCGCAGCGCGAUGCUUCCCGCAUCCCGCCAAGCAGCCUGCCCGCCGUUGCGCAGCUCGCCGCUCAGCGCAGCCAGCGUUCGCGUGAGGAGAUGCGCGGGCAGAUGGAAGCUGAGCUCGCCGCCGCGUGCGCUCCGCGUCGCUCGCGCGACUUUCGCGUCGUCCGCUUCGAAGACGCAGGUACGGGGCCUGGAGGCGCUUGGCAGGGCCGACGACCCAGGGGCCAGCGCAGCGUACAGCUCACGGUCUGGGACGUCAGCAAGCUGGGCGAGCAGGGCCUGCAGGAGGGCAAACGCUACAUUGUGACCAACCUCCGACCCACGCAGCUGCGCAGCUGGCGCAAGCCGGACGACGCCGCGGACAUCUUCCUCUCCACGCGCCGCGACACGAGCUGGCGCCUCGUCGAGUGACCCGUCUCAUCUACACAUCAUUCUUCCCUUGACCCGCGCAUGACCACAUCAGACCCUGUAACAGCACACCACACAUGACCGAGCUUCGUUGACACG